AUGACCACAUCUCGUAAAUCACAUACGAAAGGCAGCAAAGUUGAUGGCGAACAGGAUUUGGCGGACUUGAAGUUUAAAUAUGACCUGCUGACGAAUGAGCUGUUCCAUUUAAGGGAGUUUAUUUCACUAGUGGACUACGAUCCAACGCAUUUCAACGACUCGGAAAGUUUCCACAAAUUUCUUAAGGAUACACACUUGUCGUUGGAGGAGGGACGAGAAGAGCCUACUAACGGCCUUGAGGAUACAAUUAUAGCUGCCAAUCUCACUCAUAGGAGGCGUAACCUCAGGACAUCAACAGUUGUCAGUUCAGAUGCCAUUAACGAGAAAAAGGACGAUAUAGAACUGAAGCUGGAAACUAUCGCGCCUUUGGUUCGAAAUAAAUGUGAAGAACUGAAAAGUAAACUGAACGAUAAUUCAAGCAUCAAACACGUGGUACCACAAAAGAGACCAAUAUUGCAUUCAAAGAAAAGAGAAGCUCCCAAAGCUUCCAAGUUAAAAACUGAAAAAAAGGAAGAGAUAUCACUAUCACUUGUAAAUAAAGAUGAACAGAAACAUAACCAUAUCGCAAAGGUAGAAGAGACUUCCGAAAACUUCACAAUAAACUAUGCUUCUGACUCCUCUGACAACGCUAGUGAACACUACAGUGAUAAUUUCUAUUUCACCACAUCAUCAGAAGAGGAAGACAUAAAAAAGAAAAGAGGCAGAAAGAGAAAAAGACCAAGAAUAAAUUUAACGGUCCAUCCCCCAAAACAAACGAUAACAAAUCCCUCCCAUGUAAUUAAGCCGGAAUAUAAAAACUUGCAUGAAUACAUGAAUUCCUUCAAAUCUUUAGAAGAAGAUUUAACGUUGGACGAGUAUAAUCAAUAUAUUGAUGAACAGAAACAAAUGUUGUUGAGAAUUAAAAAAGGAAUCGAAAGUGGUACAUUGAAGUAUGACAAAGAAACAGACUCACUGCAACCUUUAACAUCAAAGGAAAUUAAAAUUAUUUUAGCAUAUAAACCAGACCCAAUCUCAUAUUUUUAUAAACAACAGAAUCUGCAAGUUCACCGGGACCAUUUGAUUAAUCAAGGUGUUCACAUGAGUAAAUUGUUUAGAAAUUCGACAAAGGCAAGAAUAGCAAGAGCUAAGAAAGUCUCUCAAAUGAUCGAACAGCAUUUUAAACAUAUAGCUGGCGCAGAGGAAAGAAAAUUGAAAGAAGAGGAAAGACAUAAAAAGGGUUUAGCAAGGUUCGCUGUUCAAGCCGUUAAAAAAAGAUGGAACAUGGCUGAGAAAGCUUAUAGAAUUUUGAGGAAAGAUGAAGAAGAGCAGCUAAAGAGGAUUGAGGGUAAACAGCAUUUAUCUAAGAUGCUGGAGAAGAGUACACAGCUGCUAGGUGCUCAACUAAACCAAACAAAUGAAGAUGGAAAAGAGGGCAAUUUGUCGUCUAAUUCAGACGAUAUAUCGAGUGAGAGUGAUAUUGGUAUGGAUGAUGAAUUGUCAACAUCCUCUUCUGAUGAUGAAGAAGUGGGUGCUGAUAUUGAGUUGGAUAAUAACAACCAAGCCUCAACAGAAGCCACUCCAACAGAUGAGUCCUUGAAUCUAACACAGUUGAAGGAAAAAUACGAACAUCUGAAUGGUUCGUCGACAGUAUAUGACUCGAGUAAUGCAGACGGAAAGUCUCCCUUAUUGGACGAACACGACGAUGCAAAUAGUGAAAGUUCUGUAAUGACAGGAGAGGAAACGUCCGAAAACUCCUCAUCCGAAAACGAAAGCCAAAAAGAAACCGAGGAUAGAUCUGAUGAUAGAACCCCUUCUGUCGGGCUAAGUGCGUUGUUUGGUAAGGGUGAAGAAUCUAAUGAAGAACUAGAUCUUGAUGACAGUGAAGACUUUGCAACGAACAACUCUUCCUCUGCAGAGAGCGAGGAGGUCGAUCAAAGAGAUGAAGCAGAUAAUUUGGGCUCUAAUGCAGAUAAUGUAGAGAAAGUUGAACAUACCGAGACUGGAGAUGGAACCGAUGUGAACGAUGUUGAAGAAGAAGUCCCCAAAAAAAUAGAAGAAGAACAAUUAUCAGUGGUGGACGUACCAGUGCCAUCUUUACUAAGAGGAAAUUUGAGAACAUAUCAAAAGCAAGGUCUAAAUUGGCUAGCCUCGCUUUACAACAAUCAAACAAACGGUAUACUAGCCGAUGAAAUGGGGCUGGGUAAAACUAUUCAAACGAUUUCUCUGUUAGCAUAUUUAGCGUGUGAAAAAGAAAAUUGGGGGCCACACCUUAUUGUCGUUCCUACAUCUGUUUUACUAAAUUGGGAAAUGGAAUUUAAAAGAUUUGCUCCCGGCUUCAAAGUUUUAACAUAUUACGGCUCUCCUCAACAGCGUAAAGAAAAGAGAAAAGGUUGGAACAAGCCGGACGCUUUCCAUGUGUGCAUUGUUUCUUACCAGUUAGUGGUCCAAGACCAACACUCUUUUAAAAGAAAAAGAUGGCAGUAUAUGGUAUUGGAUGAAGCUCAUAACAUCAAAAACUUUAGAUCGACAAGGUGGCAAGCUCUUUUGAACUUCAAUACACAGAGAAGGUUGUUGUUAACUGGUACGCCUUUACAGAAUAACCUUGCUGAGCUGUGGUCAUUGUUGUAUUUUUUAAUGCCACAAACAGUCAUUGAUGGGAAAAAAGUAUCGGGAUUUGCGGAUCUUGAGGCAUUCCAACAAUGGUUUGGACGCCCUGUCGAUAAGAUUAUUGAGACCGGUCAAGGCUUUGGACAAGACAAAGAAACAAAGAAGACAGUGGCCAAGUUGCAUCAAGUUUUACGUCCAUAUCUUUUAAGAAGAUUAAAAGCAGAUGUCGAAAAGCAGAUGCCGGCUAAGUAUGAGCAUAUUGUUUAUUGUAAACUAUCUAAAAGGCAAAGGUUUUUGUAUGAUGAUUUCAUGUCUAGAGCUCAAACGAAGGCAACUCUGGCCAGCGGUAACUUCAUGUCUAUCGUCAACUGUUUGAUGCAAUUGAGAAAGGUGUGUAAUCAUCCUAAUUUAUUUGAAGUGAGACCCAUUUUGACCUCGUUUGUUCUUGAUCAUUGUGUGGCUUCCGAUUAUACCAGCAUUGAAAAAACUGUAGUUGAUCUCUUCGAAAAAAGCAAACAAUUCAAACAGAUUGAUUUGGAUUUUAUGAACUUAGUUUUUGCUAAUAAUGAUCACGACUUAACUUCCUAUCAUGCUGAGGAAAUUUCGAAACUAAAAUGUGUCAAUGAUUUUAUUGAAGAGGUUGAUAAACUGAAAGAAACUAAUAAACAACUUCAAAAGGAAUACGAAAACACUUCAUUGAACUUUCAAGACGCAAAUCAAUACUUCCAAUAUUCUAAGCAACGGAAAGUUGAAGGAACACUUGGUAUGCUGAACUUCUUGAAAAUGGUUAAUAGGCUAAGGUGUGAUAGGAGACCAAUAUUUGGUAAGAACUUGAUUGAGCUAUUGACCAAAGAUGAUAUGAUUGGAUACGAGAAGCCACGGAUCAUUGAUGACGGGUUGAUAAAACCUUUGCAAACCAGACUGUUGGACAAUAAAAAGAUCAUCGAUACCUUUGCAGUUCUAACGCCAAACGCCGUCUCAUUGGAUAUGAGAAAGUUAACGCUAGGAUUAAACGAUGACAGUUUAUUAGAUGAUAACACCAAGUCGGAGGUAGUGGAGAAUUGCUUUGGAGUGGCCAACCCACUACAUCAACUACAAACCAAACUAACAAUUGCAUUCCCUGAUAAAUCCUUGCUUCAAUAUGACUGUGGUAAGUUACAAAAAUUGGCAAUAAUACUACAACAGCUCAAGGACAAUGGCCACAGGGCCCUUAUUUUCACUCAAAUGACAAAAGUUUUGGACGUCUUGGAACAGUUUUUAAAUUAUCAUGGUUACUUGUACAUGAGAUUAGACGGUGCCACAAAGAUCGAGGACCGUCAAAUCCUAACAGAGAGAUUUAACACUGAUUCCAGGACUACAGUGUUUAUUCUAUCCAGUAGGUCAGGGGGGUUAGGUAUUAAUCUAACUGGUGCAGACACCGUUAUCUUUUACGAUUCAGAUUGGAAUCCAGCCAUGGAUAAACAGUGUCAAGAUAGAUGUCAUAGAAUUGGUCAGACCCGGGAUGUGCAUAUUUACAGAUUUGUCAGCGAACAUACCAUUGAAAGUAAUAUUCUGAAAAAGGCAAACCAAAAAAGACAACUGGACAACGUUGUUAUUCAAGAAGGUGACUUCACCACCGACUAUUUCAGCAAGCUUUCCGUAAGGGACCUACUAGGAUCCGAACUACCCGGGAACGCUCCAAAUGAGGACAAGCCACUAAUAGCAGACGCAGGCAUGGCUGCCGAGGACCCCAAACAGCUGGAAAAACUAUUGGCGCAAGCUGAAGAUGAGGACGACGUCAAAGCCGCCAAUCUGGCUAUGAGAGAAGUAGAGAUCGAUAACGAAGACUUUGACGAAACCGCAGGAAGGGCAGCCGACGAACAAGAGGAAGAGGAGGUCGCCGAAGUGGAUGAGUAUGAAGGUACGGCCCAUGUUGACGAAUACAUGAUCAGGUUUAUCGCCAACGGCCACUACUACUAA